AUGCGGACGGUUUAUACAUCAAUAAAAGAUAUCACUCCAAGUACAAGAGACUGGAAAAUCAAAAUAAUUGUGGCAAAAAAGUCACCCAAACGAACAGGCCAACGCUCACCAGUGAAGUACCAAAGCCUAACAUUGAUUGAUCCAAAGGAAAAUCAGCUGCAAGCUACAAUAUUUGAUAAAGAUAUUGACUCGCGACAAGAUACUUUGCACAUUUUCCAGUCAUAUUACAUCAGUAAUGCAUAUGUGAAGUCAUUGGAUCCAAAGUAUAGAAUUGAAACAUAUGAAUAUCAAUGGAUCUUGAAUUCUAAAACGAUAAUUGAGGAAGUUCCAAAGGAUGAAGGACAAUUGGAGCCACCAAAGUACCAACUCAUUCCAUUCAAUGAAUUAGAUGCCUACAAGAAUUUAAUUGCAGAAAUAGGAUUAUCUCUAUCAUCACGUCCGAAAAGUAAAUUUAUGAUCAAUCCUGUUAUUCCUGAGGCAACUUCAUUGCAAGAGUGGGCAGCGAUUAAUGAUUUAUUACUCAAGAGUAUUAUUGCAAAAAACUUGACACACCCAUCUGCAUCUUUAUCUUCUGUUGGCAUUCGGGAAAUAAUCAAGAAUUGUGAUGUUGCUGAAUUCAUCAAAAGUUUGCAACCCAUGACGAAAACAAAAUUUUGGAUAAAUGCGAAGAUAAUUGUGGUUGAUUUGCGCAAGAUAUUUUUUUACAUGUCAUGUAUUGGCUGUAAUAAAGGAACUGAAUAUGAUUACAAUGAUACAUUUCUUUGUUACCAUUGCAAACACGAAAGCAUUUCCCAACCACACUGCCGAGCAUAUGUUGAACUCGACGAUAAUACAGGAAGACUAUCUGCUGUUAUGUUUGGUGAAGUUGUAGAAGAAGCAUUCGGUUGUUCAGCAGUUGAGCUUAUGAAUCAUACUGGAGAUGAACAUUUGUCAUAUAUAGAAAAUCUUGUGGCACAAGUUUCACAGAAAGAGUGGAAGAUUGAACUUCUUGCAGACCUCGAUCAACUCAACCAAAAGCAGUUCAAGAAUUUCAAUGUCGUCUCUAUUAAUGCUGUACAGGAUGACACAAAAUGA